AAAAAGGACAAGUAGUUGUAAAUGAAUAUCCUAGAUGGGUUGCAAAGCAAGAUGCACGGCUCAGCAGGCCUCCACUCGGCCAUGGCCAUCAACCGCCAGCGGCGUCUCAGAAGACAAGCCAAGAAAAGAGCAGCCGAACGCCGGCUCAGCUCAAGAACCAACAGCACCGACAGCAUGGACCAUCCGCGAAUAGAAGGACUCAACUCGCCCAAAGAACCUGUCCUCGCCUCCUCCAUAGGCUUGCUUCACCUGGGAGUCUGCUUCUUCGUCCUGGGGCUCUUCCUCAUCGGCUCAGGGCUGCUGCCUGACGAUUACGUCACGUGGAGAGGCGACGGUUAUUGGAACGAGCUGGUCAUCACUGGGAUAUUCGUGACUGCUCUGGGUCUCUUCCUGAUCAUCCUCAACAUGAUCGUGAGCAAGAAAGAGGACACUGAACUGGAGACGUAUGUGGCAAGGCAGCUAACUAGGUCUAGAAGUGGCCAUAGGCUCGAGAGGGAUACGGAAACUGGUUGUUUGACAACCAAACAUCAUCGGAUACAUUUGGAGAGACAGCGAGAGGCUAGCGAGAGGGGGAUGAAAGAGGUUAUUCAGACCCAUUCGCCACAUACUGUUAUAACCCUGCCGACUAUCAACAGUGACAGUGAUUUGGAGAAGGAAAUGGAGGAGGAUUUGAAGACGGAGAGGUUGAAUUAUCGAGAGAUCAAUGAGCAGGUGACUACUCCUAGUUCCAGCGCUACUACCCCGGAUGCCAGAGAGCUGCUCAUCAACAGCAGGCAGAAUAGUUUUAAUUCAAGACAUUACUAACUUUGAAUGAGUGGCAAUUUUAAUCUAUCUAACUUUGUGAAAUUCAUAUCGCUGGACUGAUAUCGACUCCUACCAAAUUUGUAUUAAAUGUUGUGGAAGGGUUACUUACUCCCAUGCACUUAUAUUAUAUUCAGAUUCUAUUUACGAGGAUAUUUCACCGUCUUUACAAUGUUUUACAAUUUUCACAUCGUUGUUUAUUCGCUGUUGAAUAAAUGACCAAUUUCAACAUUC